UCUUAUCUUUUCCCUCAACCUCCUCUUUUGUCCGGUCCUAAAUUACCUAUGAAAGACUGCAACGUGGCCCAAUCACAACCUCGUCUUCCUCUACCUAUGACCUGAGUGUCUGUGUGUCUGUGUUUGUCCACUCCCAUAAUCGCACUCAGAAAAAGAAUGAAGCUUUCUUCCAACCACCCCUUCCAUGGCGUCUCCUGUGUCAUCUUCUUCCUGUACCUCACACCGCUGCUAGUCUCAUCCGACGGUCAGGACACCUUCAUCGUCCACGUGUCACAAUCCCACAAGCCCCCCGUCUUCUCCACCCACCUCCACUGGUACUCCUCCAUCAUCCACUCCCUGCCGCCGCACCGCCUCCCUUCCAAGCUUCUCUACACCUACGACCGCGCCAUCCGCGGCUUCUCCGCCCGGAUCUCCGCCGCUCAGGCCGACGCCCUCCGCCGCGUUCCCGGCGUGAUCUCCGUCGUCCCCGACGAGCUCCGCCACAUCCACACCACGCGCACCCCCGACUUUUUAGGGCUCAGUGACUCCUUCGGCCUUUGGCCCAACUCCGACUACGCCGAUGACGUCAUCAUCGGAGUGCUCGACACCGGCAUCUGGCCGGAGCGACCGAGCUUCUCCGAUGAAGGCCUCUCUCCGGUCCCUUCCCACUGGAAGGGAAGCUGCGUCGAUGCUCCGGGCUUCCCGUCCACGCUGUGUAAUCGGAAAAUUAUCGGCGCCAGAGCUUUCUAUUUAGGUUACGCAGCUUCUCAAGGUCUGCCAAUGGCGGAAUCCGACAGCUCCCUGUCGCCGCGGGACACGGAGGGCCACGGGACCCACACGUCGUCGACGGCCGCCGGAUCGAGAGUGGUCAACGCUAGUCUGUUCGGAUUCGCGGCCGGAGAAGCCAGAGGCAUGGCGGAGAAAGCCCGGAUCGCAGUUUACAAAAUCUGCUGGACUUUAGGAUGCUACGAUUCCGACAUCCUAGCGGCGAUGGAGCUCGCCAUCCACGACGGCGUCAACGUGAUUUCCCUUUCCGUCGGCGCCAACGGCUACGCGCCGCCGUACGAUUACGAUUCAAUCGCAGUCGGAGCUUUCAGCGCGGCGGAGCACGGAAUAGUCGUCUCCUGCUCCGCCGGAAACUCUGGCCCUUCUUCCUACUCCGCCGUGAAUAUUGCUCCCUGGAUUUUAACCGUCGGCGCCUCCACCCUCGACCGCGAAUUCCCAGCGGAUGCGAUCCUCGGCGACGGGAAUAUCUACCGCGGCGUUUCUCUCUACUCCGGCGAGGCGCUCGACGACAAAUUGUAUCCGUUGGUCUACGCCGCCGACUGCGGAAGUCGAUAUUGUUAUCUCGGUUAUCUAGAACCAUCCAAAGUCGCCGGAAAAAUCGUGAUCUGCGAUCGCGGCGGCAAUGCUAGAGUCGAGAAGGGAAGCGCAGUCCAUCUUGCUGGAGGCGUCGGCAUGAUACUCGCGAAUUUAGCUGAUUCCGGCGAGGAACUCCUCGCCGACGCCCACUUCAUUCCCUCGACAAUGGUCGGAGAAAUCGCCGGCGACAAAAUCCGAGCAUAUGUCCGCACAUCUUCGAAUCCCACUGCUACGAUUAGGUCGCGGGGAACCGUCGUAAGCAAAUCUCCGUCGUCGCCGCGCGUGGCCUCAUUCUCCAGCCGCGGCCCGAACUAUCGAACCGCCGAGAUUCUCAAGCCCGAUGUGAUCGCGCCCGGUGUGAACAUUCUCGCCGGCUGGACCGGUUACGUCGGGCCAACGUCUCUCGACAGCGAUGAUCGCGAGGUCGAAUUCAACAUCAUCUCCGGCACGUCGAUGUCGUGCCCUCACGUCAGCGGCCUGGCGGCGCUGCUGAAACAGGCCCACCCCGAGUGGUCGCCGGCGGCGAUCAAGUCCGCAUUGAUGACGACGGCGUACAACAUCGACAACAACGGAAAUAAUUUAACGGACCUCGCCACCGGCGAUGUGUCGAAUCCGUUCGUCCACGGAUCGGGCCACGUCGAUCCAAACCGAGCGACGGAUCCCGGCCUGAUCUACGACAUCGAUACCCAAAACUACGUCGCAUUUUUGUGCAGCAUCGGGUACAAUGCGCGGCAAAUUACGACGUUCACUAAAGAUUCGUCGGUCGUGGAUUGCAACGCAAUCGGGCUGAAAACUCCGGGGGAUUUGAACUACCCGUCGUUCUCAGUUGCCUUCUCCGGCUUUAAAAGCGUCUUGAAGUAUAAACGAAACGUUAGAAAUGUCGGGACGGAGGCGAAUGCCGUGUACGAGGUGACGGUGCACGCCCCGGACGGCGUGGAAGUGAGCGUGACGCCGAGUAAAUUAGAGUUCAGCGAGAAGGAAGACACUCUAUCGUAUGAAGUCGAGUUCAAGAGUCGCACGGAAAGCAUCGGAUUGCUUGCAAAAUCGUCGUUUGGAUCGAUUGAGUGGAGCGACCGCGGCGGCGGCCACCGUGUGACGAGCCCCAUCGCGGUGGUGUGGGGCCUGCGUACGGCGGCGGAGAUGUGAGGUUGUUAAGGGAUACACGUUGUAGAGGUUAUGUAUGUAAUGGUAGGUAUUGUAGGGAAGAAUCAAUAAUGGCAUGUAGUAUAUAUAUAUAUAUAUAUAUAUGAACUUUUAUUUAAAUUUACAA